GGUCCUCAGGCUUAAUCUGAUGGACAAACAAUGCAGUCAAGAACAUUCAAACAAGGGCGAUGCUUUCAGUAGGGUGGUGAAACCGAAUUUAGCAGAACCAAUGCAGCUUCAACUUCUACCCCCUGACAUUCUACGUGACAUACUGUCUUGGUUAUCUAUCAAGCAAUUCGUGCGGAUGAGCAUACUUUCUCGUGAAUGGAGACGGCUAAGGAUAUGCCACCCAGACCUGGUCUUCACCAAAGACACCUUUGGUAUAAAUACGGCCAUGGAUAUUGACAAAUCCAUGACAGUUGGUGAGCUGUUGAACAUGCACGCCAAGAAGCUGGAAUUGCUCAACAGGAAAUUCAUCGACAAUGUGGACAGUGUAUUGCGCCCAUUGUGGUCAACUUCCACUACAUUGGAUAAAUUUGUUAUCAAAUUUGGUCUUCGCAGGGAGCAUAAGCAUUACAUUGACAGAUGGGUUAGCUUUUCCAUCACGUCAAGGGCCAAACAUAUUGCUCUUGAUUUCACGUCCGAUGGGUCUAGCUGUGACUCUGGAUUUGACAAGUAUGUUUUUCCGCUCUGUGAUCUCAGUGGCCCAAAUGGCUCUUGUAUCAUGUCUCUUGAUCUCGGCUAUAUAUUUUUAAAGCUGCCCCUCAGUUUCUGUGGUAUCACAAACCUUAAGAAACUCACACUAAAGAUGGUGUCUAUCAAUGGUGGUGAUCUCCAGCGCCUGUUGCUAAGUUGUGCUCUUCUCGAGAGUUUAAGCAUUGAGAUGUGCUCAGACUUGUCAAGUUUAUGCGUACCACAGGAGCUGUCCCAGUUGCAGUACCUGCGUGUGCGCUAUUGUGGUAUGAAAAUAUUAGAGUUGCAUGCUCCGAAUCUUACCAAAUUUGUGUUCGACGACAGUCUCAUGCAUACUGUGCUCAGUGAAUCCUCAAAGUUGUCAGAGGCAAUUUUUGUGUCUAACCUAAGAGUGCUCAAUGGUUAUGAUGAUGUUUUGGAUGAUAUCUUCACUGAGCUUCCAGCUGCUCUUCCUCAUAUGGACACACUACUUCUACUUUUGACUUCUUCUCAGGUGCAAAGAUUCAGUAACACACGUGAUAGCUUCAUCUGUUUGAGGCAUCUGAACAUGAACCUUAAUAUCUCUCUGUAUCCAGAUGAUGAUAGUUGGGUUAUGGGGUUUGUUAAUCUCUUGGAGUUGGCACCUCUUUUAGAAGAACUGGAACUGCAUAUGGAUCAUUAUAGACAUUGCUCUUCUAAUCUGAGGAUGGUGACAGCGGCGCAAGGGCCUCUGCAUCGUCACCUCAAGAGUGUCUACAUGUCUGGAUUUUCUGAUGUAUCAGGGCUAGCCGAGCUGGCGUUCUACAUCCUUGAGAAUGCUAUUGUGCUUGAACGUAUGGUAGUAGAUCCUGUGACAGGGAUGAAGGAAGAUCUGAACACCGAACGUUUCUAUUCGGUCAGCAAGGCUGGUAGCAGCGAAGAGUUCGUUCUUCCAACCGAGGGUGAUCGGUACUGUCUUGAGGAGAUGAGAUUGUUUGCGAAAAUGAACCUUGACAGAGAGGAGUUUCGUCAUGUCCUCACCGUGUUAUGAAUAACAAAUGUAGAACUAUAGUUCUUUUCUACACAUGUGGAUGAUGGACGAACCGGUGUGAUGGAAAAUUGAGCAGGAGUUCCCCCCCUCCCUCUGAUAUUCCUACCUGAAGCUUUUAAGAACUACUCAGAAGGGAAGCAUAAUCUGAAUCCUUGCAGGCUGGCAAAGCAUGUCCACAAAAGUUCAGUACUAAUUGUUUCUGAAUUUUUGUUGCACUCUAAGUUAGGCUGGGUUCCGAAUUCUGAACUUUGAGAGUGAAUAGAAGCCCUCAAAUUGGGUAAUUACUAUCUAUUAUGUAAUGUAGUGAUAUAUAUGUGUUCUUUUGAUAGUGAAAUCGUGUAAUUAUUCCCCCUUUAUCCAGCCAAAACUU